AUGCCAUCAUACGGCUCGUUGCAUUCUCCAUCCCUGCGCAAAAUGGAACACUCAAGAGGACAGUACGGAGGUGGUCGGAGAGGCGUUAGCUUGGGGAAUGUCAUUGGUGACCCUUUUGCAUUGGCGACGAUAUCGAUUGCCGGCCUUGCAUGGCUCAUUGCUUUCAUCGCAUCUAUUGUGGCCCAGGUCCAGACAACACAGGGCUUCCCGACGUACACAUGGUGGACAGUUGUCUUCUACUUCUUCUUGAUUCCAGGUGUCUUUGUCGUCGUUGCCUCGGACACCAUACAGACUUAUCAUGUUGCGCUUGUCGGUUACAUGGCCUGCGGUCUGGUCCUGACGACUUCGUCGGUCAACGGCCUGGUGUAUUCGACAAACGGCGCUAAGGAAGCCGCUGCAGCUGGCUUCAUCCUGUUGUCCAUGGUCACGAUUGUUUGGAUCUUUUACUUCGGAUCCGCGCCCUCGGCCAUGCCCCGCGCCUACCUGGACUCGUUCGCCUUGAGCAAAGAGUCGGCGAGCAACAACCGCCAGACCAUGAGCGGUGGUGGCUACGGCAUCGGCCGCCCUGAGACUUCGACGUCGGUCCAGCCCCCACAGAUGUACACGUCGGCGCAGCUGAACGGCUUCGAGAACCCCUCGCCGAUCAAUGGCAUGCGAAACUCUGGCGCAGCACCAGGAGGCUUCCCGGCACCAUCCGGCCCAGCCAGCGGCCUGCCCAAGACGACGACGCCACCCGCGGGCGGUGCAGCGGACGCGGAGAUAGUACCUCCAACUGAGUACCCGUACCGCGCCAAGGCCAUCUACACGUACGAGGCCAACCCCGACGACGCCAAUGAAAUCAGCUUCUCGAAGCACGAGAUAUUGGAGGUUAGCGACGUCAGCGGGAGAUGGUGGCAAGCGAGGAAAGAGACGGGUGAGACUGGUAUUGCGCCGAGUAACUACCUCAUUUUGCUAUGA